GUUAAGCGCUCUCCAGAGCGCCCGAGAGUUGGCGACAAUAGUGGCCAUGGCGCGCGCGCUGGCGGAUCUAUCCGUGAACUUGCAGGUCCCCCGGGUCGUCCCUAGCCCGGACUCGGACUCGGAUACGGACUUGGAGGAUCCGAGUCCCCGGCGCAGCGCGGGUGGCCUGCAUCGAUCACAGGUCAUCCACAGCGGACACUUCAUGGUGUCUUCGCCGCACAGCGACUCGCUGACCCGGCGACGCGACCAGGAGGGGCCCGUGGGGCUCGCCGACUUCGGGCCGCGCAGCAUCGAUCCGACACUCACCCACCUCUUCGAGUGCUUGAGCCUGGCUUACAGUGGCAAGCUGGUCUCUCCCAAGUGGAAGAACUUCAAAGGCCUCAAGUUGCUAUGCCGGGACAAGAUCCGGCUGAACAACGCCAUCUGGAGAGCCUGGUACAUUCAGUAUGUGCAACGGAGGAAGAGCCCAGUGUGUGGUUUCGUGACCCCUCUGCAGGGGUCUGAAGCAGAUGAGCACCGGAAACCUGAGGCUGUCAUCCUGGAGGGUAAUUACUGGAAGCGGCGCAUCGAGGUGGUGAUGCGCGAAUACCACAAGUGGAGAAUCUACUACAAAAAGCGGCUCCGUAAGUCCAGCAGGGAAGGGGAUUUCCUGGCUCCCAAGCAGGUGGAAGGUGGGUGGCCGCCACCAGAGCGAUGGUGCGAACAGCUCUUCUCCAGCGUGGUGCCUGUGCUGCUUGGGGGCUCCGAGGAGGAGCCUGGGGGCCGGCAGCUUCUAGACCUGGACUGCUUCUUGUCCGAUAUCUCCGACACACUCUUCACCAUGACACAGCCCAGUCCUUCGUCCCUGCAGCUGCCCCCAGAAGAUGCUUAUGUUGGCAAUGCUGACAUGAUCCAGCCAGACCUGACGCCGCUGCAGCCCAGCCUAGAUGACUUCAUGGAGAUAUCAGAUUUCUUCACCAAUUACCGCCCCCCUCAGACACCCACAUCUUCAAACUACAUAGAGUCCCCCAGCUUUGGCCCCAUGGCUGACUCCCUCUUCAGCAGUGGGAUCCUGGCCCCAGAGAUGCCAUCUCCAGCCUCGUCUUCCUCCUCCUCAGGGAUGACCCCUCACUCAGGGAAUACACGCCUACAGGCUCGGAACAGCUGCUCUGGACCCUUGGAUCCCAACCCCUUUCUGAGCUCUGAAUUCCUUCUUCCUGAAGACCCUAAGACCAAGAUCCCACCUGCUCCUGGACCGACCCCUCUCCUUCCAUUCCCCACCCCUGUCAAGGUGCAUGGCUUAGAGCCCUGCACCCCCUCUCCCUUCCCCACAAUGGCUCCGCCCCCCUCUUUGUUGCCAGAAGAAUCUCUCCUCUCUGCCAGGUUCCCAUUCACCUCAGCCCCUCCUGCUCCAGGAGUGUCUACGCUUCCUGCACCCACAACCUUUGUCCCCACCCCACAGCCCGGCCCUGGUCCCGUCCCCUUCUCUGUAGACCAUCUGCCCCAUGGGUACCUGGAACCCGUCUUUGGGCCUCACUUCACUGUGCCUCAGGGUAUGCAACCCAGGUGCAAGCCCUCCUCCCCAUCCCCUGGGGGACAAAAAGCAAGUCCACCCACCUUGGCCUCUGCCACCGCCAGUCCCACUGCCACUGCCACUGCCAGAGACAACAACCCCUGUCUUACACAGCUGCUCAGGGCAGCCAAGCCUGAGCAAGCACUGGAGCCUCCGACUAUGCCCGGUACCCUCCUCCGGCCUCCAGAGUCCCCGGUAAGAUGGUGGGCACUGGGAGGCGAGGGUCAGUCUAGGGCCUUUACUCCAACUCUCUGCCCUUCUCCACCCCAGCAGGAUACAGUUUCUGAAAUCCCCCGUGCCCGUGCCUUUUUCCCCCCAAUCCCGGCCCCUACACCACCCCGGCCACCUCCAGGCCCAGCCACAUUGGCUCCUCCCAGGUCCCUGGUUGUCCCCAAAGCAGAGCGGCUCUCGCCUCCAGCCUCCAGCGGCAGUGAGCGGCGACUAUCAGGGGAUCUCAACUCCAUACAACCCUCGGGGGCACUGAGUGUCCACCUGUCUCCCCCUCAAACUGUCCUAAGCCGGGGUCGUGUAGACAACAACAAGAUGGAGAACCGACGUAUCACACACAUCUCCGCGGAGCAGAAGAGGCGGUUCAAUAUUAAGCUAGGAUUCGACACCCUGCACGGACUUGUCAGCACGCUCAGUGCCCAGCCCAGCCUCAAGGUGAGCCCCCAGCCAGCAAUGCACACUCCCUUAGAGUCGUGGAACCCCUCCUUGGACCAACACCCAACACCAGCUCCCAGGGCUUGCCAACACAGAGGCCCACAUUGGUGGCGCUCGCAGGUGAGCAAAGCAACCACGCUUCAGAAGACAGCGGAGUACAUCCUGAUGCUGCAGCAGGAACGGGCAGCUAUGCAGGAGGAGGCGCAGCAGCUGCGGGAUGAAAUAGAGGAGCUCAACGCUGCCAUCAACUUGUGCCAGCAGCAGCUACCGGCCACCGGGGUGCCCAUCACACAUCAGCGCUUUGACCAGAUGCGGGACAUGUUUGAUGACUAUGUCCGGACGCGCACGCUGCACAACUGGAAGUUCUGGGUGUUCAGCAUCCUCAUCCGACCUUUAUUUGAAUCCUUCAAUGGGAUGGUGUCUACCGCCAGCUUGCACAGCCUCCGCCAGACCUCACUGGCCUGGCUGGAACAGUACUGUUCCCUACCUGCUCUCCGGCCAACUGUCCUGAAUUCCCUUCGCCAACUCAGCACUUCCACAAGCAUCCUGACUGACCCCAGCCUUGUGCCUGAGCAAGCCACACGGGCAGUCACAGAGGGCACCCUGGGGAGACCAUUAUAAUCCUGGUGAAAGUUUCCAAGCUCCAGGAACAACUUGUGAACACGCUUCUAAAAAUCCUGGCUGGCCGUUUCCCUGCAGAUCUGGAAGGUUCCAAGUGUUGCACUCACCACCUCCUUGGGGAUGGAGAAAAACCUAGUUCCAUUCCUGCACUGUUGCUAAUGCUAUGAUCCCUGGUGACUCAUAUCCCAUCUUUGGACCUCCCUUUAAUAACAGAGGGCCCCAAAUGCAUUAGCAGCUGCAGCACUGGGGACCUAAACAGGAGCUCUGAUGAGAGAUGUCGGUCUGUUUCCUCACAACUUCCUGCUUUGGAUAAAGGGUACCAUCCUUAGUUCCUGAGCAGAGAGGCAGAGCAGGAGAUCUCCUCUCUUUGCCUUUGCACUAGUGACAUGGGGAGCUAUAGGGUGGCUUCCUGACUGAGGCCACUGGGGUCUGAUGCCAGAAGAGAUCAGGGCAAGGGCUAGCCAGAGCAUGGCAGGCAUCUUGCAUGAAUGUAGAUGUGUGUGUGCGUAUGUGGAUUUUAUAAAAAAGAAAAUGUUCUUCAUCAAUAAAAGCAAAAACUGUCUGCAAGGGUUGGUGUUGGUGUGACUGGCAAUGUGUCUCAGUAUGGGACUCAGAGCUGCCAGCAGUGAAAGGUGACAUAGAAGACCGAUCCUGUGGGUUAUAAACAACCUUUGAGUACUUUUGAUUUGUUAUUUUUGUUUUUGUUUUUUCGAGACAGGGUUUUUUUUGUGUAGCCCUGGCUGUCCUGGAACUUACUGGAUAGGCCAGGCUGGCCUCCAACUCAGAGAUCCACCCACCCCUGCCUCUGGAAUACUGGAAUUAAAGGCAUAUGUCACCACCACCCGGCCCUUUGAGUACUUUUCAACUUGCUUGUGUGCAGUUGUGCUCACCUGUGCUUGUGUGUGGAGGCCGUCGGCUGACCUGGGUACCUCCUUCGUGCUCUCUGCCUUAAUUUUAAAAUGCUUCCGAAUAUAUUCUAGAACUGGGCAUGGUGAUGCACACCUUUAAUCCCAGUACUUGGGAGGCAGAGGCAGGUUUUUAAUGAGUGAGACCAGCCUGUUCUGCAUAUGGAGUUAUAGGCCAGCCAGGGCCAUAUAGUAAGACCCCGUGUGUACAUACACACACAUACACACACAGAGUUACUUUUAUAUAUUAUUUUGGGGGCAGGGUCUCUGUAGUCUUGGCUAGCCUAGAACUUGUUAUGUAGACCAGGUUGGGUUUAAACAACCAGAUCUUUCUGCCUCUGUCUAAAAAUAUUUAAAAUUACAUUUAUUUAUAUGUGUAUGCACACAUGCAAAUAUCAUACCUAUGGAGGCCAGAGGGUGACUUUUUUGGAAAUAGUUCUCUCCUUCCACCAUGGAAGUGAUGAGGAGUAAGCUCUAGUUAUCAACUUUGGCAGCAAGUGCCUUUACUGCCUGAGCCAUCUCACCAGCCCCUCUGCCUUAUUACUUGAGCCAGGGUCCUUCAUUGAACCUAGCACUCAUCAGUUUGGCUAGGCUGGCUGGUCAGUAGGCACCUGAAUCUACUUCUCUUUACCACCCCAACAAUGGGGUUACCACUCCUGGAUUUUAGAUUUUGGUUGUAAGUCUGCUCUUUAAUGACUGGACCAUUUCGCAUCCCCAUUCAUGUAGAUAUGUAUGUAUGUAUGUAUGUAUGUAUGUAUGUAUGUAUGUAUGUAUUUUUCCCCUCAAGACAGGAUUUCACUGUGUUGCCCUGGAACUCACUCUGUAGAAAAGACUGGCUUCAAACUCAUAGAGCCGUCUGCCUCUGCCUCUGCCUCCUUAAUGCUGGCAUCAAAGGCAUUGAGGCUCCAGGUUGAAUACACAGCUGCUAAUAAGUAAACAAGUACAUUUUUAAAAAUGGUGUUUCAAGAAAUAUUUACCCUGUAGAGGAGGUCAGGGUGGGAACUAGGAAGCAUACCCUUUGCCAGAAAAUUCUACUACAAAAGUUCAGUUCCACCAAUGUUCUCCUUGGGCGCCACUGAGUGAGUGUGGGUGGCAUGAAAGCAGGCACAAUGGAAGGUCUGCAUCCAGCAGGAAUGAUAGCUUCCCCCAUAGCUACAUACAUGGAGCACCCUCCUUCCUUCUAGUGUCUAAAGAGAGGUCCAGAGUAGGUGUGUGUUGUUGACAUGGCCACAGCCAUGCUUAGAACCCUAGUUCCAUGGCCUCAUGGGAAUGACAAAGCCUGACUCAGUGGUCCAAGAAGGGUGAAUGUUGACAAGUGUCUGCAAGAAAUGUCAAACAUGGCUUUCUCCCCGCCCCCUCUCUCUUUGCUUCCUGCUUGUGUUUGAGGAUGUGGAUUCUCAACUUCCUGUGGUUACCAUGCCUGAUCCCUGCAAUCAUGCCUUCCUGCCCCGAUGGACUCAUCCCUUGGAAACAUAAACCAAAAUGAACUCUGUUUUAAAAUAA